AUGUACAUACUUGAAGAAGCUAUCAAUUAUGUGAAACAACUUGAAGAGAAAAUAAAAGAGCUGGAAAAUCAAAACACAAUGAAAAAUAAAGGUUCAAAAAUACUCAUCAAGAAAUCUCAAGCUUGUACAAAAAAGAAUGAUAUUGAUGAGGAUAAAUAUUAUUCCAAGAAAGAACUACCUAGGGUUAAAGCAAGGGUGAUAGAUAAGGAAAUUAUGAUUGGAAUCCAUUGUGAGAAACAAAAGAAUACUAUGGUCAAAAUAAUGAGCUUGCUUCAAAAUCUUCAUCUAUCAGUUGCUAGUAGUAGCAUUUUGCCAUUUGGAAAUUCCACUCUUAAAGUUACAAUCAUUGCUCAGAUGAAUGAUAAAUACUGCAUGAACGUGACUGAUCUAGUUAAGAACUUGAGGCGUGAUCUCUUGGAAUCAAGUGACAAUCAAAAUUAA